CCAAGGCAUUCCCGUCUUGCCUCCACUCCAUUACCAUCAACAAGCAUUACAGUUCGCCGCUCUUCCGAGACGGGCUCCCUACCAUCAUUUGCCCUCGUCGACGACGAGAGGCAGCCGCUAGAUAUACCCGAUCUGCGCUGCAACGAGCUGGCCCCUUUCCAGGCUCGCCAACAAUGCGCAUCCCCCUUCACCUUGCCAUUGUCCUCCAUUCGCUACUUCUCCUUAUCCUCACCACCUCGACACGAGCUCAAGUCAAAUCCUCCGCCCGAGAGUCAGCCCUGACAGGUCCCAUAUCGGGCCCUUCGCCCUCACUCGACCACGAUGAACAGGACUCGUCUUCCCUCCUCUGGUCAGACAUCCCCGCCGUCCAGCUAGGCAGAGGGUUGCAGCCCCCGCACAGAUGGAAGGAGUUUCUGCCCAGUCAUCAUGCGGGCAGUGGUGAAUGGCCCAGUGCAGGUGUGGUACCCAAGCGUAGCGACAAUGCGAGGCGGAAGUUGGGCCAGCUGGAUAAUAGCGCGUCACGAAGCCAGCCGGUCGUCGAGGACGACGAGGGAGACGACGGCGAGGAUCACGAUAACGAUGACGAUGACGACGUUGAGCAACACGAGCAGGAGCGAGACUUUCGUCAAAGGGCAGCGAAAGAAGCAAAGAAGCGCAAAGAUGCACACGACCGCCAAGCCAUGUCGCACCUCCGCAGCAAGGCAAAGAAGGAAGCUCGCAGCGCUUGGAAGUCGGCAAAGAGCGCCGCAAAGGUCGUCGCCCGCCCCAAGGAGGCAACAGAGGAGGAGGAAGAGCAUAGGCAAUCCUCCAUCCCUCUGCUUGGCGCAGUUGCCACUGUGUAUCACCUGGUGGCAUCCAGCCUAGCUCACGCCUGGCGCUUCGUCUCUUUCUUUACCCGCUACGUAAAGCAUGCCUUGCUCCUGGCAUGGCGCUCCGCGCGAUACGCGUUUACAAUCAUCGGCCGUGCUAUCCUAAGCAUCUGGGCAUCAGGGCGCUACGUGACUCGCCAAGUGUUGCGACCCAUCCGCAUCAUCUUUGCCCCAAUCAUCUACAUCUGGCUAGGCCUGCGCUUCAUCAUCUGGGAUCUACCCUCCUUCUAUCUCUUUGCAGUACUGCGCGAGGUCUACCCGCUCUACGUCUUCUGCGGAGCGGCUCUGGCCCUGGGGACGGCUAUUGGCAUCGGGUGCGCCAUUGCGCUUUGGGUGGGCAGUCUUGUCACCAGAGGGAACUCGCCCCUCGAAUCGCAUCUUGACUCCUGGCGAGGUAAUGAGACUGGCCGGUUGCUGAAGAAGAGGAAGGGCACAUUGGGUGCUUUCGACUUUGAGAGGGAGAAUGAAGCUGUUGUACGACAGUGGGGGGAGAGAGAGAGGAGGAGGGCGAAGCGGGAAGAGAGAGAAAGGAGAAAGAGGAGAGAGGGGAAGCAAAGGGCUGCGGACCCUCCUUUGAGGAGAGGCCCGGCAGAUCGAUGGGACGGCUUCCCUUCUUACGCGAGCGACAGCAUGGAUGCUCAUUUGACCAGCGAGGUCACGUCCCCCUCGUCGUAUGAGGACAACCCCUCCCUCAGCGGCAGCGACCCCACUCCAGACUACCUACGUGGCCUGGGCAAAUCUUGGCGGCCUCUACCCAAGAGCGUAGCUGACAAUCUGGCACAACGUGUCGCUUCUGCAUCCUCUGCUUCUGCUAUGGAUCCCGACGGCGAUGACUACGACGAUCAUGAUCGCAGCUACGAAGAGGAGCAGCCUGUGUAUCCGUAUAGCGCAAGGCAGCAGUACGGCGGCCCAUCGCCGCGGUCAUCACGCGAGGAAGACGACUAUUUCUCCGUCGGUCGCGGCGGGGCUCCUGGGAUCACGAGGCAGGCGCCAAUGGAUAGCCCUCAGAGCUACGCUGCGGCUGUUUCCGGCCCUGGAUUUGGGGCGCCAUACGCUCCACUCGGUGCAACUGGCCGUCAGUCGAGGUCGCGCCGCAGUGCUGAAGGUGGUGCCAUGGGGACGGCUUCGGCCUCGGGUUCGGCGCUUCAAUCGCCUACGCUGGGGCUGGGCGGUGUUGGGCAGCCGGCGGUGAGUAGCCCGGAGGUGAGCACUGCGACGGCGAGAAGGAGAAGGGGAGCUCAGGGCGGAAUUGUUGUGCGAUGAUGACCCGCUGCGGAGAGUUGUAAUGAUACCCAGAUGAUGAUGAUGAGAAUAGCCGUCGUAUCGAAAAACAGCGUGGCGAGUCUGAGCGUGGGAGCCGUUGCAUCUUGGUUGCCAGCUGCGCUGCGUCUGCGAGCUGCAGGCGCGUGCAUGAAGAGUCGGGACGAUUGCGGGGAAGACUGGGCC